AUGCUCAGAAACUCAUCGCGGAUAAUCGCAUCUUCAUCCACUUCCGCUCUCAGGAGGUCGGGAGUGAGGACUUUGGUCGUCGCUCGAAAUGUAACACCUCAAUUUACUCGACUUACCGUUCAACCUCAACAAAAUCUCAUCUUCCGUUCAGCCUUCCAUUCAUCUUCCCUCCUUCUUUCUGAGACCGUCAAGGUCCCUCAGAUGGCCGAAUCUAUCACUGAAGGUACAUUGAAACAAUGGAAUAAACAAGUCGGAGAUUCCGUUAGUCAAGAUGAGGAGAUUGCUACUAUUGAAACUGACAAGAUCGACGUAUCAGUCAACGCGCCUAUGGCAGGAAAGAUCACUGAAUUACUCGCAGAAGAAGACUCGACAGUCACAGUAGGACAAGAUCUAUUCAAGAUCGAACCUGGAGAAGGAGGCGGUUCAGGUUCAGGUGAAGCGAGUGAAAAAGAUAAAUCACAACCUUCAGGUGCAGCUAAAUCAGAAGCUAAAAAUGCGGAAGAAGGUAAUAAAGAUAAAGCAGCUCCUGAAGCAGCCAAAGAGAAAGGUGCUUCGGAAGAAACUCAUAAGAAACAAGAUGAAAAAGCACCAAAAUUAGAUAAAUCACCUGAAGAAAAACCUGCUCCAAGAAAAGAAGAAUCUUCUCCUCCUGCUCCUGCUCCUGCUCCUAAAAAGGAAGAGAAACCUUCUUCAUCCAAGAAAGAAGAAGCACCAAAAGAAAAAUCUGCUGCUGGAAGUAGAAAUGAGACCAGAGUCAAAAUUUCAAGAAUGAGACAAACAAUCGCAACUAGAUUAAAGGCAUCUCAAAAUGCUGCUGCGUCAUUAACCACUUUUAAUGAAAUUGACAUGUCAUCUUUGAUGGAAUUCAGAAAAUUGUACAAAGAUGGAAUCUUGAAAGCUGAUGGAGUCAAACUUGGUUUCAUGUCUGCUUUCGCCAAAGCAUCAUGUCUCGCAUUAAAAGAGAUCCCGGCGGCGAACGCUUCGAUCGAAGGUGAUUCAAUCGUUUAUAGGGAUUAUGUCGAUUUGAGUGUAGCUGUAGCUACUCCAAAAGGAUUAGUAACUCCAAUCGUUAGAAAUGCUGAAAGUAUGGGUUUGAUCGAAAUUGAAAAAGCCAUUGCUGAAUUAGGUAAAAAAGCUCGAGACAACAAACUUGGUAUUGAAGAUAUGUCAGGUGGUACUUUCACUAUUUCAAACGGUGGUGUCUUCGGUUCUCUCUACGGUACACCUAUUAUCAACCUUCCCCAAGCCGCUGUGCUCGGCAUGCAUUCCAUCAAGGAGAAACCAGUAGUUGUCAAUGGUCAAAUCGUUAUCAGACCUAUCAUGGUCGUUGCUUUGACAUAUGAUCAUAGAUUAUUAGAUGGUCGAGAAGCCGUCACUUUCCUCGUUCGAGUAAAGGAAUACAUCGAAGAUACAAGAAGGAUGUUACUUCCUUCCCCUCUUUAA